CCGGAAGGACUCUGCCUCCCACAGCCCGAGGCUGCUCCGUGCUGGCUGCGGCUGGAGGCUGACGAGGCGCAGGUGCUCUGUGGGCACCGGAGAACAACCUGCAGGAGUGGGCUCUCUAAUUUUACCAUGUAGACCACGCUGACCUCAAACUCAAGAUCUAUCUGCCUGCCUCUCCCUCCCAAGAACUGGGUUAAAGAUCAGGUAGAGGAGUCAUGUCCGAAGAAACAGUCAGAGAAUCACAGUUCUCCUUGAGGACGGCCACACUGAGAGUGUUCGACCUGCCUGUGUCUUGGUACUAUUCUCUCUCCCAGAUCAAAUUUUCACCAGUAGCUAAAAAGCUGUUUGUGGUGACUGCGGUGAGCGCUGUAUCUGUAAUCUUAUUUGCCCAUCACUUUAAAAGAAGACGUGGAAAAAAGAAAGGAAAAGUACUGCCAUGGGAACCGGAGCACCUCAUACUUGAACAGACUAAACGAGCAGCAUCGGACAAAGGUUCAAGUUGUUCCAGCAGCAGACAGAAUUUGACCUUGUCACUAAGUUCUACCAAGGACAAAGGAUCUCAGUCCUGUAACUACACUAAUGGAGGACUUUUCAGCAAAUACUCGGAUUCUGCCCAGAGCUUAGCUUCUGUCCAGAGUGUCAACUCCUGCCAUAGCUGUGCUUGUGGGAACUCUAACUCCUGGGACAAAGCGGAUGAGGAUGACAUCAAGCUUGUCAAUAUUCCAGUGACCACCCCAGAGAACUUGUAUUUGAUGGGUAUGGAAUUGUUUGAAGAGGCCUUGCGUCGAUGGGAACAAGCGCUGACCUUCCGCAGUAGACAGGCGGAAGAGGAGGCCUGCGGCUCUGUUAAGCUGGGAGCCGGAGAUGCCAUCGCUGAAGAAAGCGUGGACGACAUAAUUAGUACGGAAUUCAUCCACAAACUUGAAGCUCUGCUGCAGAGGGCCUAUCGCCUCCAGGAGGAGUUUGAAGCUACCCUUGGAGGGUCUGACCCUAACUCCCUUGCAAACGAUACAGAUAAAGAUACAGACGUGAGCACCAAGGAGAAUGUGGGUGACUUUGGCCUGCAAGACGCCCUGAGCAGUGAAUCCGCAGAUCUCUUCUCUUCAGCAGCAGAGGGGACGGAGCACAGAGAAGUACGGCCCACCCACAGCCUGGACCCCUUCUGCCGCUGCCCUUUCUACGAAGAAGCCAUGCAUUUAGUUGAAGAAGGAAAAAUUUACUCCAGAGUACUGAGAACGGAGACGCUGGAGUGCCUCGGGGACAGCGACUUCCUGGCCAAGCUCCACUGCAUCCGGCAGGCCUUCCAGGUGAUUCUCUCGGAAGCAGCCAACAGGAUAUUCCUGGCUGAGAGUGGAAGGAAGAUUUUGUCAGCUUUAAUUGUGAAAGCACGGAAGAAUCCAAAGAAAUUUGAAGAUGUUUUUGAUGAGAUGAUCUAUUUUUUAGAGCAGACUGACCACUGGGAUAGUACUGAGAUGGAACUUGCUGCCAGAGGGGUAAAAAAUAUAAAUUUUUAUGAUGUGGUUCUGGAUUUUAUUUUAAUGGAUUCCUUUGAAGAUUUAGAAAACCCACCAACAUCCAUCCAGAAUGUAGUCAACAAUCGCUGGCUCAACUCUUCCUUCAAAGAAACCGCUGUGGCUUCAAGUUGCUGGUCGGUGCUGAAACAGAAAAGGCAGCAGAUGAAGAUCUCAGAUGGAUUUUUCGCACAUUUUUAUGCCAUUUGUGAGCAUGUAAGCCCUGUGUUAGCCUGGGGCUUCUUGGGCCCUAGGAAUUCUCUGUAUGACUUGUGUUACUUCUUUAAGAAUCAAGUUCUUUUCUUUCUCAAAGACAUCUUUGACCUUGAGAAGGUGCGCUAUUCGAGCAUCGACGCCUUGGCCGAGGACCUCCUGCACUUGCUCAUCCGCCGCACGGAGCUGCUCGCUGCCUGUCUGGGCGCGGAUACCCUGAGGCAUGCCACCGCUUGUACUAGUGGACACUGCCAUGCUGUGCCCACCCCGCUGUUAGAAGCCAAAGUACAAUGAGUACAGAAGAGGUGUGAGCGAUGUCUGGUUGUGAGGUGCGCCUCAGGAUCCACAGAAUUGACGCUGCAGACUCAGGAAGGGAGAAAGAAAGUCUCAAAGAAUGGGUGUUGCACUGUACUUCUGCAGAGAUUCUGUCAUGGGACCCACGCGUGAUAUGUCCAGGGUGACUCUUUCAUGAUCUUUAGGUAAUAAUUUGAGUUGUGAAACGUUGCAUAAUUUAUGACUGUUGCUUGAACUGCAGCCAAUACAUAGGGGUUCAUUAAUUGUCUCCACACUGUCUGGAAUGUCCAAUGUCGUUCUCAAAAUAUGCCUCAAUGCUUUGCACCCUGAAAAUACACUAGCCCAAGACCACUGUGGUUCACGUGUGCAGGAGUUUAUGACUUCUAGUGUCAACAUAUCUAACUUUGCCUGAAGCGUGUUCUUAACUGUCAAGUUACUUCUUAGUUUAGUCAAAUGUAGGCAAUAGUGGUGCUUAGCUGUGCUGUUUGCCUUAUUGCUUGUAUAUUUGCUCUGUAUUUGACUCAAGGGAAUUGUAACCCCCAGGGAUUGGUGUACAGAAUUAAAAUGGAGGAGACCGGCAGUCUACAGAGUGCAGCUUGUAGAGGACCGACCGCCUUAGUGUGCAGAGGACACACUGUUGUCCGCUGAGUUGUAAUACACCCCAUGAGUUUUUAGCUUUUUAUAAACUGGAACAAUUUUCCCUUAGGUGAAUAUUAAAUUUAAAAAUAUAAUCUAUUUACAAAGAAAAAACUAAAUAAUUAUCCUCUUUUAAAUGAAACUAUGAACUUAAGGUGUUAAACCUGGUAGAAUCAAAUAACUUUUUUCUCUGUCCACAAAACAAACUUAAUUCCCCACAGAGAGCGCAGCACACUGGAAGUGUGCCAACUUAUGCCCACGUUUUAAAAAUACUAGUUCUCUGAGCUUGUGUUUUAAAGGCCUUUUCCUCUCAGAAAUUGAACACAAAUAUUUUAAAUGAUAUGGGAACAUAUUUUGUGUCCUUAAGAUAAACAUAUGAACAAGUGGCAAAGCAGAUUAUAUAUUUUCAGACCUCAUGAAUUUUGCUGUAAGAUCAUGUCCCACUUGCUCAUUGGAUCGGUUUGUUGACUUGAAGUCCUGGAGUGGCCUGCGUUCGUUUUCAGAGUGAGUUAUACAGAAAGAUCUGAAAUGCAUUCUUUAAAAAUGCAUUUUUAGAUUAAAGUGCCUAGAUUAAGGUUAAUGAUAAGAAAAGAUAAAAAAAAUAAGUUUUUUUAAGCCUUUAUAUAUCCAUCAUAGUCAUGUACAGUAAUCAUACGUUGUAAAAUGUUGACUUGUGCCAUUAGCGUGUCUAGGCUGUCAGCGCCUUGCCGCCUUAUGCGUCACUUUUUACCCCCCUAAUUCCCUGUUUGUGAUGCUCACCAAUAACGAGUACCAAAUGCAUUCUGCCCUGCUCCCCUUCGUACUUCCUUUAGCUGUGCCCCAUCCUUCCGAGACGUCAGCAGAUGUGAGUGACCCAGUGCGCAUGCCGCACUAGCAAGACAGUUAGGGAUUGUAUUAGUUAACUCGCUGGAGAGCUCGAUGUCUUGUGCUGAGGUUUUAUAAACAGAGCUGUAAGGGAACUUUGUUUUGGGGGGCGGAAACACUGCUAGAAGACUUGCCCUCUGUAGCAGUAACGCUGCUACAACGUGAGAUCAUCGUGGGCGGAUGAUCUCUCCAAAAAGCGUUUGAUUUCUCCCUGCUUUUAAUUUCAAUUAAAAACAAUAAAUUGCCCAUCUUCAAGAAGGUCUUGAUUUGGCUGGGAGGCGGCAGUCCACGCCUUUAACCCCAGCACUCAGGAGGUAGAGGCAGGUGGUCUUUGUGAGUUUGAGGCCAGCCAGGACUACACAGAGAAACCCUGACUCAAAAAAAUGAAAAGAAAGAAAGGGUUGGUUUGUCCAACUGAAGUACUUAAAGUUGAUUAGUUUCUGGUGAGCUAAUUAACAGGCACACUCACCAGAUACUUUCUUUGUGGCCUUUGACAAAAGAGAUAAUAAUGACCUAGCAAGAUUUUGGGGUAAUAAAUAUAGGAGAAAACUCUUUUGGGGGAUCAGGGUUGGGGGGGUAACUUUUUAAAGGAAAAUGUCUUUUUAAACAGAACAUCUCUGACUUGACUGUUGAAAAUACUUAAGAUAUAUACACACCAGUUUUCAUUUGCCUUAAAAUUAAACAGAGGAGCGAUGCUUUACAAAAUAAAAAUAAUAAAAAGACCAGACUAAGCUAGAGCGGGGGAGGGGGCAGUUAGUGGGACUGAUGGCGUCAACUGAAGGUCGCCUGCCAUUCUUCCACAUGCUGUGUAAGAGGACAGAGUGAAUCCCAAGAAAAACCUUCCAGAAGAAAGGGGAAACAUUCAGUUGAUUUAUCUUCCUUUGUUUCUCUCUGUUCUUCUUGUGCAGCUAAAAGGGUCGUCAUUCCUUACCGGAGGUUAAAAAUAUGUUCAAGAAAGUUUUCUGUUCUGUUAAAAAGUCAGCUCCAAAGACCUGUAUCUGUCUCCUGGAGGAAUACUUAUCAUUUGUAUCUGUUUGCUGUGAGUUAACUGGGUAUAAAAAUGUAUUUACAAUGUCUCCUUGCUUUAAGACGAGUGAUUUCUACUUCCAUCCCCGCAGUCAGCCUAGGGAUGAGGACACAAAGCAAGGCUGACAAAGUGGAGGUGAGCACCCCGUGGCCCGUCACGGUCAGACUGUAAGUUAUGCUCAGAACUCGUUUUUACUUUUAAUGUGAACAUGGACUCAGAAUUUAAUUGGACUAUAAUUUCAAACUGACUAUAAGGAUUAGGCUCAGUUGAAAUCUGUAAAUUUUUUAACCAACAAAUAUGUAUGUGAGACAUAAGAGUUUAUAUAACCUGCGGUAAAUGGACAUAUGAAACACUUGGUCCCUAAUGAUCCCUGGCUGAUGUCAGCACCUCUGUUUCUUCAGUGUAAGUAGGCCACGUGUGGAGGCUGAAGUCAAGUGUAACAUAUUACCAAAUGUCUGUAUGUACUAACAUGGAAAUAAAGUAGUAUUGCCAUGGAUAAA